AUUCUUUUUGUGUUUAUUUUAAGUUAUAAUUAUUUUAGCUUCACUUCCUAUUCCGGAUUCGCGAUGAAAAGAACUAAAGUCGAUAGUUAAAACUGUUGAGCUUAAAGAAUGCUAUCGAUAAGAAGAACUUUCGUACCGAAAAUAAUUUUACUGGCCAUCGUUGUUUGUUUGUGCUUCUUUUACAUCAGAAACUUGAAUAAUUUAAAUGCAAUAAGUGAAGAUAAAACCAAAUCACCAAACCAUGUACCUCAGCAACAAAGACUUAUUCAAGAGCCUGAUCAAAUUCAAGAGCCCGAUAACGAAAAUCACCUAGUCAAUGAACCAGACACAUCGUCUGAACAGUUCAACAAGUAUGAACUUGAAAUCCAACAGGACUUGUUGAAACAAAAAGAAAUUCCAAAGUUGGGCGAAGGGGGAAAAAUAGCUCACUUGUCAGACCCUGAAGAUAUUGCAGAAGGUGAAAAGCAACUGGCAAAAAUUGCAUUAAAUCAAGCACUGUCAGAACAUAUCAGUUACAAUAGGACUGUUCCCGACGCUCGACAUCCGUCUUGUCGGAAGAAAUCUUAUGAUGUCGACUCACUUCCGACUACUUCAGUUAUAAUAAUCUUCUUUAACGAACCGUAUUCGGUGCUCGUGAGAACUGUUCAUAGUGUUUUAAACACGUCACCCAAAAAUCUCUUAAAGGAAAUCAUUUUGGUGGAUGACGGGUCAAGUAAUGUUGACUUAAAGCACAAACUUGACUACUACGUGUCCAGUCGAUUAAGUGACAAAGUAAAAGUAGUACGACUGAAAAAUCGAUUGGGUUUAAUUCGUGCUCGACUUGCAGGCGCUAGAAUAUCAAAAGCAGACACACUCGUCUUCCUUGAUGCUCAUUGUGAAUGCGUCGUCCAAUGGCUUGAGCCACUUAUGGCAAGAAUCAAAGAGAACCCAACAAGUGUCCUCGUGCCAAUCAUUGACGUCAUUGAAGCGAAAAACUUUUAUUAUAGCACAAAUGGAUACGACACAUUCCAGUUAAUUCUCAUCAUAAUUUUCGUGUCAUGCGUUUGGCUUUUAAGACGAAGCGAAGUGAAUCCUCGUGGUCUUCAUAGUAAUGUACUCGGACGUAUUUUAUUUAGUAAAACGAGUGAUGAAUUAGCAUAUGAUCGUGAAAUUGAGAAUGAUUUAGAUCGGCAAGUAAAAGGAUUGUGUAAUGCGGGGGUGGAAUGCUUUUUAAGUGGAGACGAUGAAGAAAGUGGUGAAGAAAGUUACUCCACUUAUGGAAUUAAUGUGAUGCUCAGCGACAAAAUUAGUUAUAACCGAACGCCGCCUUACAUUCGCAAUGAUUUAUGCUCCAUGAAACAUUAUGAUGUCACUAAGUUGCCAUCAGCAAGUGUCAUUAUUAUAUUUUAUGAAGAACCUUACUCAGUUUUACUGCGAACAGUUCACAGUAUUCUGAACACUGCACCGUCAAUGUUACUUGAAGAAAUUAUUCUCGUCGAUGACUUUUCAUCGUAUGAUGAUCUCAAAGGAAAACUAAAAUAUUACGUAAAAAGUCGAUUGCCUGAUAAAGUCAAACUUUUGCGAUUGGAAAAACAGUCAGGUUUGGUAAAAGCGCGUCUAGCUGGUGCCAUGAUGGCACGAGGUGAUGUGUUGAUAUUCUUAGAUGCACAUUGCGAAUGUUCACAUGGAUGGCUUCAGCCAUUACUUAAUCAAAUUUAUGAAUCACCAAAUUCAGUAGCAGUUCCAGUUAUUGAUGUAAUUUCAGCAAAAACUUUUGAAUAUCAAACUGAUGGCUAUGGAUUUGAUAUCGGCGGAUUUACAUGGGAUGGUCAUUUUGAUUGGCAUGAUGUUCCACCAAAAGAACGUCAACGUCAGAGAAAAGAAUGUCCCGAUGAAGUUGAGAUUUGCCCAACACUCUCGCCAACAAUGGCUGGUGGACUAUUUGCCAUCUCGAGAGAUUAUUUCUGGGAGAUAGGAAGUUACGAUGAACAAAUGGAUGGUUGGGGUGGUGAGAAUCUUGAAAUGAGUUUUCGUAUUUGGAUGUGUGGUGGCAGCCUAGAAACUAUUCCGUGCUCAAGAAUUGGGCAUAUCUUUCGAGAAUUUCAUCCGUACAGCUUCCCAGAUGAUAAAGACACUCAUGGCAUUAACACUGUGAGAAUGGCGAAAGUCUGGAUGGACGAAUAUGCUGAACUUCUCUACAUGAAUCGACCUGAUUUGAGAAAUAAUCCAGAUGUGGGCGAUGUGACGCACAGAGUAGUGUACAGCUUCCCAGAUGACAAGGACACUCAUGGCAUUAACACUGUGAGAAUGGCGAAAGUCUGGAUGGACGAAUAUGCUGAACUUCUUUACAUGAAUCGACCUGAUUUGAGAAAUAAUCCAGAUGUGGGCGAUGUGACGCACAGAGUAGUGUUAAGAAACAAACUUAAAUGCAAAUCUUUCGACUGGUAUAUGAAAAAUAUUUAUCCUGAAAAGUUCAUUCCAAAUCGAAAUGUCCAAAAUUAUGGACGAAUUGCAGCUGUUAAAAAUGAGAAUUUCUGCUUCGAUGAUUUACAACAAAACAUUGAUGAAGCAUUUAACUUAGGAGUUUAUAAUUGUUACAAGCCAGACAUUGCUCCAUCGCAAUUUUUCGCUUUAACUUAUAACAAUGUUUUAAGAACAGAACGCAGUUGUGCCACAAUCGAUGAUCGACGUUCAACGAAAUAUGUUGUUAUGGUUCCGUGCAAUAGCGAUGACGAAGUCGAUGAUUCUUGGAUUCAUACAUCUUAUAAUCAAUUCAAACAUGAACAAACUGGACUUUGUAUAGGCUUAUCAACUAUGCCGGAGGAAAAUACAAGUGAAGCACAAUCAAAAAAAGCAGCAAAGAAGCUCGCUGCAAAAGCCGAAAAAGCAGCAAAAAAAGCUGAACACAAGUCAAAUGAACAAGUUCAGAAUGAAAAUGUAGAAGCUGGUGACGGUGAAGACAUUUCCAAAGGGAAAUACGGUCAAUCGCCAAUGAUACAAUCGAGAGAAAAACAUUUGGAGAGAAAAUUUUUAGCUGUACAUGAAUUAAAAAGUGCAAUCGGACAAAAGCCGGUGUGGGUUCGUGGACGAAUUCACACAUCUCGAGGAAAAGGAAAACAAGUUUUCUUAGUUUUGAGACAACAAUCAAGCACUGUUCAAGUCAUCAUUUCAGUUACUGAUGUUGUGUCGAAACAAUUGGUGAAGUUUUCUGGAUCAAUUCCUCGUGAAAGCAUCGUUGAUAUUCAUGCAAAUGUUGUUGCAGUUCCUCAAAAAAUUGAAUCAUGCACUGAACAAGAUCUUGAACUGCAAGGAUUUGAAAUCUUUGUCGUUUCGCAAGCAAAAUCGCAAUUGCCACUUCAAAUCGAAGACGCUGCAAGGCCAGAGAAGAAAGGCGAUACAGACAGUCUGAAUAUUCGUGUAAAUCAAGACACGAGAUUAGAUAAUCGUGUUUUGGAUCUUCGUACGCCUGCAAACCAAGCGAUCUUCCGUCUCGAAGCUGGCGUUUGCAAACUCUUCCGUGACAUUUUAGCUGCCAAAGGAUUUGUUGAAAUUCACACACCUAAAAUCAUAUCAGCUGCAAGUGAAGGCGGUGCCAAUGUCUUUACUGUCAGCUACUUUAAAGAGUCUGCUUAUCUCGCUCAAUCACCUCAACUUUAUAAGCAAAUGGCAAUUGCUGCUGACUUUGAUCGUGUCUUUACUGUUGGUGCAGUUUUUCGUGCUGAAGACUCAAACACUCAUCGUCAUCUCACAGAAUUUGUUGGAUUGGAUUUGGAAAUGGCUUUCAAGUAUCAUUAUCAUGAAGUUUUGGAUACCAUCGGCAACACAUUCACGGAAAUGUUUAAAGGAUUGCGUGACAAUUACGCAAACGAGAUUGCUGCAGUGGGUCAACAAUACAGUGUCGAAGCGUUUAAGUUCCUUGAACCGCCACUUAGACUUGAGUUCCAUCAAGGAGUUCAAAUGUUGCGUGACGCUGGCGUUGAAACUGGAGACGAAGAAGAUUUGUCAACACCGAAUGAGAAGUUUUUGGGUCGGUUAGUGAAGGCGAAAUAUGACACCGACUUUUAUAUCUUAGAUAAGUUCCCAUUGGCAAUUCGUCCUUUCUACACAAUGCCCGAUCCAAACAAUCCGAAAUAUUCAAACUCAUACGACAUGUUUAUGCGUGGCGAGGAAAUUCUUUCUGGCGCUCAACGUAUCCACGAUCCCGAGUACCUUGUAGAACGAGCGAAACAUCAUGAAAUUGAUAUCUCAAAGAUUGCCGCUUACAUUGAAGCUUUUCGUUUUGGAUGUCCACCGCAUGCUGGAGGUGGAAUUGGCAUGGAACGUGUUGUCAUGUUGUAUCUUGGUUUGGACAACAUUAGAAAGACUUCAAUGUUCCCUCGCGAUCCCAAACGCUUAACACCUUAAGGAAAAUUUAAUUCAUUUGCUUUGUUUUUGAAUGUUUUGCAAAGUUUUCCUUUCUUUUCUAAUUAUUUAGUUAAUAAAUGGAGAAUUUUUAUUACA